UGCAUCUCUAUAGGUUAUACUUGUCUUAUUCAAGAUAAAAAUAACACAAAAUGCUUCUUAAAACAAUACAAAAUGUAACAACGAUUUUUAAAAGAUUUUACGCAAAACCUGACCAUUUUAGUAGGCUGGCAUCAGAUACUUUUUCGGGUACCACUAUACCAAAAGCUAGAGUGCUCCAACAGAGUUCACCCGGACGCCCUGUAAAACAUGGUGGAAGAAAUAUCGUUACGAUGAUACCAGGUUCGCCCCCUGGUCCAAAAUUAAUGGACUACGUAAAAGAUGUAUUUGAAGCAGUACAUGCGCCCGUAGAUUUUGAAGAAGUUGUUCUAAAUGGGUCCGAAGACGAUAUACGUCAGUUUGAGAAACUUGUAUUCACUUCGAUUCAUCGAAAUGGAGUCGCACUUAAAGGUAAUAUAGUAAGCCCGAAACUCCAAGUAAGUACCAACGUAACUCUGAGGCAGCGACUAGAUCUUUACGUCUGCGUAGUACACGUUAAAAGUUAUCGUCACGUGAAGUGUAAAUAUUCUAAUAUGGAUCUAUAUAUUUGUCGGCAAAACACCGAAGGUGAAUAUGCCAUGUUGGAACAUGCGGCUAAACCAGGGGUGGUUGAAAGCUUAAAAAUAAUCACAAAACAAAAUACUCAAAGAUUUGCAGAGUGGUGCUUCGAAUUUGCCAUGAAGGAAAAUAGGAAAAAGGUUACAAUUGUGCAUAAGGCUAAUAUUAUGAAACUUUCAGAUGGUCUUUUUCUGAAAACAGUAAAAGAAGUUGGAAUGUUUUAUCCCAAAUUGAUUAUAGAUGAUAUGAUUGUUGACAAUAACACUAUGCAAAUGGUUCAAAACCCGGAGCAAUUUGAUAUAUUGGUGUGCCCAAAUCUUUACGGAAAUAUUUUAUCUAAUGUUGCUUGUGGAUUGAUUGGUGGUGCUGGACUCAUGUCUGCCCAAAACUUUGGACCGGGUUGUGCUUUAUUUGAGGCUGGUUCAAGACAUUUGACAUUUUUAGAUGAAGACAAUCUUAAUCCCAUUGCAAUGCUGAAUGCUUCCAAAGAUCUGCUGGUGUAUUUAGGACACUAUAAGCAUGCAAAAUUAUUAGAUGAAGCUAUUACCAAAACUCUUUCAGAUGACCAAAUCCAAACGCAUGACAUUGGAGGCAAACAUACCAGUGAUGAAGUUGUAGAAACUGUAAUGAAGAAUUUAGAUGCCUUUUUCAUAAGCGAUAAGGUUACUUACUUUUAAUCAUGGUCAUAAAUAAUGAAUUAAAUAAAAAAAUAUGGUAAACCUUAAAAAA